CGAUUUUCUUUGUUUUUUGUUUUUUUGUUUUUGGUUAAAGCAAAUUAUUGAAGGGUGUGAUGAACAAAAGAAUGACAUAUAACUGAAAAUCGACGAGGAAGCUGACGUGCUGGGCAAAGAGAGAGCCAUAAGGGGCAGGUGUCUCUGUUGCAAAAGGCCAAGCUGUGUUUCCCUUGGCCUUCUCUCUUUACUUUUCUCUCCGGCGAAUGAGAUCAUUUGCUUUUUUCUGUUUGCAUUUCCUUGUCUGGGUAUUAAAAAAAAACUCAUCCGCGACCCAUUAGACCAAACUUUUGACGCCAAGUGACUGCAGAGGCCCGUGCUUUUUUCUGCGUUCCACGAUAGAUUUCCUGAAGGUUGGUCUAUAAGAGAGUGAGAGGAUUACUAUCAAAUUUUGAGGAAAUAUGAACGGAGCCGUGCUUGUGGCUAUUGUUGCUGCUAUUGGUAACUUGUUACAAGGAUGGGACAAUGCGACUAUCGCAGGGUCUGUUUUGUACAUAAAGAGGGAAUUCAAUUUAGAGAGUGAACCCACUAUAGAAGGGCUAAUUGUGGCGAUGUCACUUAUUGGAGCCACUUUGAUUACAACAUGCUCUGGAGCACUAGCAGACUGGCUAGGCCGCCGUCCUCUGAUGAUAAUCUCAUCUGUCCUUUAUUUUAUUAGUGGUCUUGUAAUGCUGUGGUCUCCCAAUGUUUAUGUCCUAUUAUUUGCUAGGCUUUUAGAUGGAUUUGGAGUUGGUUUGGCUGUUACUCUAGUUCCAGUUUAUAUAUCAGAGACAGCGCCACCUGAAAUAAGGGGAUCACUGAAUACCCUCCCCCAGUUCACUGGUUCUGGGGGUAUGUUUAUGUCGUAUUGCAUGGUGUUUGGGAUGUCGUUGACGAAAACACCGAGCUGGAGGUUGAUGCUGGGGAUCCUUUCUGUUCCUUCUCUUGUUUACUUUGUAUUGGCAAUAUUAUUCUUGCCAGAGUCUCCACGGUGGCUUGUUAGUAAAGGGCGGAUGCUUGAGGCAAAGCAGGUUUUGCAGAGGCUGCGUGGCAGAGAAGAUGUAUCUGGUGAGAUGGCUUUACUGGUUGAGGGUCUUGGUGUUGGGGGUGAAACAACUUUCGAGGAGUACAUAAUUGGCCCAGGCAAUGACCUCAUGGAUGAACAUGAUCUAUCCGGUGAAAAGGAUCUAAUAAAGUUAUAUGCCCCUGAGGAGGGUCUCUCCUGGGUUGCCAGACCUGUCACUGGACAGAGUACUGUUGGCCUUGUUUCUCGGCAUGGAAGCAUGGCCAGUAAGAGUGGGCUCAUAGAUCCUCUUGUCACCCUCUUUGGCAGUGUUCAUGAAAAAUUCCCUGAAACCGGAAGCAUGCGAAGCAUGCUUUUUCCACACUUUGGCAGCAUGUUCAGCGUGGGAGGAAAUCAACCCAGACAGGAAGAGUGGGACGAGGAGAGUCUUGCCAGAGACGGUGAGGAUUAUGUAUCUGAUGCUGCUGCUGGCGAUUCUGAUGACAAUUUGCAGAGUCCGUUGAUCUCACGUCAGACAACAAGCAUGGACAAGGACUUGGGACCUCCUCCCCAUGGCAGCCUUUCAAGCAUGCAGCAUGGCAGUAUUGCACAAGGGAAUGCUGGAGAACCAGUCGGUAGCAUGGGGAUUGGUGGCGGUUGGCAGCUGGCAUGGAAAUGGUCUGAAAGGGAAGGCAGCGAUGGCAAGAAGGAAGGAGGGUUUAAAAGAAUUUAUUUGCACCAAGAGGGUGUACCUGGAUCUCGGCGUGGGUCUCUAGUUUCUAUUCCUGGGGGUGAUGUCCCAGCAGAUGGUGAGUUCAUCCAGGCUGCUGCUUUGGUGAGUCAACCUGCUCUUUAUUCUGCAGAGCUUAUGAAUCAGCAGCCAGUUGGACCAGCUAUGGUUCACCCAUCAGAAACAGCUGCCAAAGGACCAAGUUGGAGUGUUCUUUUUGAACCAGGAGUGAAACAUGCGUUGGCUGUUGGGGUGGGAAUUCAAAUACUUCAGCAGUUCUCUGGCAUAAAUGGGGUUCUCUACUACACACCUCAAAUUCUCGAGGAGGCAGGAGUUGGAGUUCUUCUUUCAAAUAUAGGCAUUAGUUCAGCUUCUGCAUCUCUGCUUAUUAGUGCACUGACAACUUUGUUGAUGCUUCCUUCUAUAGCUGUUGCCAUGAGGCUCAUGGAUAUCUCUGGCAGGAGGAGCUUACUGCUCACCACAAUACCUAUCUUGAUAUUAUCUCUCAUAAUCCUAGUCGUUGGAAGUCUUGUGGAUAUGGGGAAAGUUGUGAACGCGUCGAUCUCGACUGUUAGUGUUGUGCUCUACUUCUGUACCUUUGUCAUGGGGUUUGGGCCAGUCCCCAACAUACUCUGCGCCGAGAUCUUCCCCACCCGAGUUCGCGGCCUCUGCAUUGCCAUAUGUGCCCUCACAUUUUGGAUAGGUGACAUCAUUGUCACCUACUCACUGCCAGUGAUGCUCAAAUCCAUUGGCCUUGCUGGUGUUUUUGGGAUGUAUGCUGUCGUGUGCGUCAUAUCAUGGGUGUUUGUUUACAUGAAAGUCCCAGAAACCAAGGGCAUGCCCCUUGAAGUGAUUACCGAGUUCUUCUCAGUUGGUGCAAAGCAGGCUGCAGCCAUUAAGAACAAUUGACUUGGUCACUGAUGGAUAAAAAAUUUUGACGAGUACUGUUGUCUUUCUGGUUUCAUUUGGGUUCUCUUUUUUCUUUGGGCUAUGGAAAGCUUGAUUUUCUGUAUAAAAUGAUCGUUCUUUUACUACUUAGUUUAUAACUGAUAUGAAUGCCUUAAAAGUUAUUCUUUUGGUUUUUU